AUGAAGGGAAAUAAAGGGCCCCUGGUGGCGGCGGCGGUGAUAGUGAUACUGGUGCUGGGGGGUUCACUCAUGGGUAAUCAGUCAUAUUCAUCUCAGGCGGUCAGAGCCCGAUGCCCUGGAAGCCUGUGUUUUCUCCCUGAGCCACCAGGGGGCCUCAGUCCCACAGUGGGACACCCAGCUCUGAGUUUUGCCUUCACACUGAACCCUCCAGCCCCAGUCAAGCUGUCCGACCCUGCCUCCCCUCCAUCCUCUUCUUCACCUCCUGCUCCUCUUUCUCCUCCCUCCUGGCCCCCACAGGCCCACCUGGACUCCCAUUCAGCCUUCUCCCUCCAUGAGGGGCGGGAGGAGGCGCCGGGGGCCCUGGAUGUGGACCCCCUGCCUCUUCAGCUUGAUUCACCUGGGAACCUCAGGGACCUGGGACAACGGCCCUGCCACGAUGUAUCAACUUUAACAGACCUCUGUUCAGACCUGCCAGAGUUGGAGAUAGUGAGCCUGUUAUCAGAGGCUCGGCCCAACUACACUCUUCGAGCAGACAGUGUGUUUGGGUACGACAAUGACGGCUGGCUUCACACCCCCCUGCUGCCACCAGAAGUCGCUCUGGGACUCACACACGAGCAGAUCGAAGAGACAUUCAAGUACUUCUUGCUGUGCUCAGACAGAGUGGGCCAGGUCACCAAGACGUAUCAUGACAUUAAGGCAGUCACCCACCUGCUGGAGGAGAAAGAGCGGGAUCUGGAGUUAGCAGCGCGGAUCGGUCAGUCCCUCCUGAAGCAAAACCAAGAACUAACAUCACGCAAUGAAAUGCUGGAUGAACAACUUGAAAUUGCAAAGGAGGAGAUUGCUCAACUUCGUCAUGAGCUCUCGAUGCGAGACGACCUCCUUCAGUUCUAUGCGAGCACUGAAGAGAUAGAGAACGCUGAAUCGCUCUCGCCGGUAAAAAGGAAUGAAUCAUGCAGUUCUCUCAGCAACUUUGUCCACUACGACUUCCUGCAGCAUAAACUGAAGGGUUUAGAGGAGGAGAACCGCAAACUGAGAUUGGAGGCGAAUGAGCUCACAACAGAGACAACCAACUAUGAGGAGCAAGAACAGGAGCUGAUGAUGGUGUGUGUGGAAGAGCUCUCAUCAGUCAAUAAGCAGGUGGUCGACCUGUCAGAGGAGCUAGCACGGAAAGUAGAGGACUCUGUCAGACAGCAGGAGGAAAUCAGCUCACUGCUCGCCCAGAUUGUGGACCUGCAAGCCCGCUGCAAAGGGGUCACCCACGAGAAUGAAGAGCUGAACCAACACCUGAGUGCCUCCCGUGAGAGCCAGAUAAAACUGAAAUCAGAGCUCAAGGACCUGCAGGACAAGUACUCAGAGUGUGAGGACAUGCUCUGCGAAGCUCGAGAGGACAUUAAAAACCUGCGGAACAAGAGCCUGCCCAACAGCACGGUGCAGCGCUACACUGCCCUGGCCUCUGUCCUCCCCAUGGACUCACUGGCUGCAGAGAUAGAAGGCACUUUCCGCAAAGGCCUGGACACCCCGGCUCCCUCAGAAUACAAGAACCACCCGUGGCGUGUGUUUGAAACAGUGAAGGUGGUGAACAAGGUCGGGAAGCUACGGUCUCGGUGCCACUCCCCGUGGCUCCCAGGCUCCAGCCCCGUGUCCACUCGCUCCAGCUGUAUCAGCACUCCUCGAACUAGCUACUAUGGCUCUGAUAAUGCCAGCCUUACCCUGGAGGACAAGCCCAGCUCCUAUCAUGCUCAGAAAGAAGACAAUGGUGUGAGUGGGCCAAAGCGUCUGGGUCAGCCAGGCACCCCAGGGGGCCAGGACCUUGAAGCUGCUUUGCGCAGCCUGUCAGCCCGCCAACAGAACCACUCCUCUGAGCGGCCUUUCUUUGAUGUGGAGCGUGAGCGUAAACUCCGUGCCUUGGCAGCAAACUGCGAGGAGGGCGAGGGCUCCAGCGGCUUCCUCACACCAAACGACAGCCUGGCCUCCAGCCUGGCAGCAUCGACAGGCACCAACUACUCCAAUGGCAGCUCACGACAGUCCUGUGGCUCCUCAGGGGGCUCCAGGUCCUACCUGCCUGACCGCCUGCAGAUCGUCAAACCUCUGGAAGGCUCGGUCACUCUGCAUCAGUGGCAGCAGUUGGCCAAACCAAACCUGGGAGGCAUCCUGCAUCCACGCCCGGGCGUCCUGACGAAAGACUUCAGGGAGCUUGAGGUCGACAUACAGCACGUCUACAGCCUCAACGACCUGGAGGAGGAUGAGCCUGACCUAUCGCAUCUCUCUGAAGCGCAUGGCAUGGUCUCUCCAUCCGGUCCCAACCUCCCUCAGACCACUCCCACACAUACCAUUACCACCUGCCAAGUCCUCCAACCCUCCCUCCUCAUCCCCUCCUUCUCUACAAGCCUUCACUCUUUCGGCCUGCCAGCUUGUCGGAACUGUGAGCACGUGAGCACUUCAUCUCCACCCCACCAGCAGCACUUUGACUGGGGAGGCCGGACCACCACCACCACUACUACAGCCACAACAAAUAUAACCACGUCAUCACUGGGACUCCUGCAGCUGCUGAAAGAGCGCGGCAUCUCAGCCUCCCCUUAUCCCCACCGCAGCCUGCACUACAGCCAUAGUACAAAACCUUCAUUCUCCACAGCAAAAGACAAAGAUGGAGGCUCGAAAUCGAACGAGGAAGGAAGGAGGAACAUUUUCAGCUUGAACUUAGUGGGGAAGCUUCAGGGUCUCGGGUUGCACAGAGUGGCAGCCUGGGGGAUGACAGGGCGCAGCGGCAAGGAGAGAGAAGCGGUGAGGCAUCCUCUGCAAGUCUGAUGACGGCUGAUCCACCACUUACUCCUCCCUCAUUCACCGUAGUGACUUUGUGUCAAGCCAUGUGAUUCCCACUGUGCAGUUCAGGGUCCACAGCACUGGUGACUUGAAAACAGAAGCCACAGAGUGCACCGGAGCCAUACUUUGAGUUGUCUGUAGUGUUUAGUACUGUUCUUUUCUAUGAACUCAUGUACAGUAGAUAAACUGUUGUGUGCGCGCGUGUGUGUGUGUCAGUGCGUGUGUGUCUAUGUGCGUGUGUGUGUGUGUGUGUAACAUCUUCAUCUCAGGACGAUCACCUGUCUGUUCUGCUUUUUACACAAAAAAGAAACGCCAUGAACAAAAAAAACCUUUUUAUACUGUUUUGUGACUAUCAUUUU